GCUUGCCUUCGGUUUCGUUUCUGGGCGGCCGGCGGCUGAGCGCGGCGAUGGCGGACCCGGCGGUGUGCGCUUUCCUGGCCAAGGUGCUGUGCGCCCAAGGGGGCCGCCUGGAGCUGGCCCAGCUGCCCCGCCACGUGGCCGGCCUCCCGGAGCAGCAGCUGCGCCAGAUCGUGCAGGAGGGCGCCCCCGAGAGGUUCCUGCUGGCCGGGGACCCCCCCGGGGUGGUGGUGGUCGCCACGGCGGUGCGCCUGUGCCCGCAGAGGGAGUGCGCCGGCUGCGAUCGCCUGCACCUUUGCAAGCUCAACCUCCUGGGCCGGUGCCGGGUCAGGGCUUGCAAGUAUUCUCACGACAUCCUCUCAGAGGCAAACCGGAAAGUCUUGAAGAACCACGAACUCUCUGGCCUCAAUGAAGAUGAGCUGCGUGUCCUUCUGCUCCAGAAUGACCCUUUCCUCCUGCCUGAUGUUUGCUUUGCGUACAACAAAGGAGACGGAACCUGCCCUCAGCAAGACGAUUGUAACAAGCUUCACGUUUGCCGCUACUUUCUCAAAGGAAGUUGUCGUUUUCCCAGAUGCAAGAGGUCUCACAACCUUUUGCAGCCAAAUGAGCUGAAGCUGCUACUUGCCGAAGGGGUGGAUGAUAAGAUGGCUUGGAAUAUCCAGACAAUCUGUACUCACAAAUGUGCUGAAUUGGCCAAAGAAUUAGGAACUCAUAAAGUGUGUCCCCCGAAUCGCCCAACUUCUACAAGUGGAGAAAAAAAGAAACCAAGUGCAGUAUUUCAGGAAGAAUACAAACCAUCUCCUGUUCAAGAUUCUCCUCCAUUCGUUUUUGUGAGCCGGAAUUUUCAGCAAAAUGCGGCAGGUGUAAAAGCCACUCCUACUGCUAAACCUCCUCAGAAUAAAAAGUCAAGUGAUGAGAUCUGUCUGUUCUACAUCUGGCAAUUCUGCAAACAUAGAAAUAACUGUGAGAUGAUCCAUUACCAUCUGCCUUAUCGAUGGCAAGAGUUCACUGGAACUGCCUGGAAUGACUUUGCCCAAAUGGAGGAAGUUGAAAAAGCCUAUUGUGAUCCUUCCAUUACAAGCCAUCCGAGUUUAAACAUCAAUUUCAAGACCAUGAUGUCUUACGUCAAUCCAGUUCGACGUCAGUCCACACCGUCAUCCGUCACCAAACUUGCCAAAUUUGUCUUCACAACCAAGUGGCUGUGGUAUUGGAAGAAUGACCAGGGCAAGUGGAUUGAAUACGGUCAACAGGAUGGACAGCGCCAAGGCUCCACAUUAAGUUCUGAUGAUCUGGAGAAUUUAUACUUGUCGCAGCCAGAUGGCACUUUCCAGUUCCAAGCGGGCUCCCAAAACUACGAAAUAAACUUUAAAGACAUGAUCCAGAAAAACCUGAACUUCCUAACCCAGAGAGAGGUCCGGAGGCGCCCAAAAUAUGUUUCCUCUGAAGAUGUGAAGAAAAAGAAAGGGGAGAGAUCGCUGAAGCGAAGACAGUGCACCUGUGAAAUAGAAGGUGACGUCAAACGCUACAGAGAGCAGUCUUCGGCAUCUAUCCCAGAAUCAAAGUAUCCCAGGGAGUGGGAUAAAUAUGCGCUUCCUGAAAUUGGGUACAAGGCAGUGGAGCUCAACAAAAUCUGUGCUGAAUACACAACAAUUGAGAACCUCUUUCAGAAGACGAUGAGCGCUUAUGUCAUCCACAGCAUCCGGAGGAUUCAGAACCCGUCCCUUUGGCAAGUCUUCCAGUGGCAAAAGGAGCAAAUGAAGAAGAAGAGAGGAGGGAAGGAGAUCGAGGACAAGCUGCUGUUUCAUGGAACCACCAGUUCCAAUUUGGAAGCCAUCUGCAAUGACAACUUUGACUGGAGAAUAUGUGGCACCAACGGGACAGUCUAUGGGAAAGGAAGCUACUUUGCUCGAGAUGCAAAGUAUUCCCACAACUACUGUCCACCGGACGCCAAGGUGAAGAGUUUGUUCGUGGCUCGUGUUCUGGUGGGUGAUUUCGUGGUUGGGCAUUCAACUUACAAUCGCCCGCCUUCAAAAUCCUCUGACGGGACCAACUGCUACGACAGCUGCGUGGAUAGGAUGAUGGACCCGUCCAUCUACGUCAUCUUUGAGAAGCAUCAGAUUUACCCUGCAUAUGUGAUCAGUUACAGUGAAGAAAAGAAGUGUAUUUUAGCAUAAAUGAUGAAAAUGUUGUGAUGCGUGCAGUUUUGCAACAUUUAAGGGGUAAAGCAGCAAUCUUUGCCUCCCAAAAUGAAUUAAGAAAUGUUGAGGAACCUAGGAACUAUAUAUUCUCAAUUUUAAUAAUGGAUAAUAUCAAUACGUACUGCAAUCAGGAAAAGUUGAUGGAUGAUUCUUGGGAAAAUUAACCAGUUUCUACUAGCAAUUUCGUACUUUUAAGACAGUUAAUAAUUUAGAUUUUAAAAUUCAAUGUUACACGAUAUGUAUGGAUGGGUGUUGUACCCAUCAAAUGAUGUAUGACGGAUAGGCGUAUAUGUUCUCCGUCUUACUUAACGGAUGCUAAUUUUCAUUGUACCAGGGACGCGUUCAGCGUGGCUGUGUCAAAAGAUACAGCUGUUGAUCCUGGCAGUGAAUAGUAUGCGAGAUGUUUUGCGGGUUUCUGAUAAUCUGUAUUCUAUAGAUUAGUCUACAAUUACAGGUUAAUUGCAAAUAGUUAAAAUGGUUUGGUCAGAGACAGCCUAGCUCAAAUAUGUUUGGCCACUCCAUUACAAAAUUGCAAUCGAACACACGAAUACUUCUCUUGCCCAGUAGUUUGAAUAGUUAGAAUACUCGGUUUGAAUACUGGUUUGAAUAGUUAGAAUACUCGGCUCAAGCUGUCCUGGGCAAAUGGACUAUAUCUGCAUCUAGUUAUUGCUGAGAAGUUCUACCUACCAGUAACUGCAGCAUAGGUGGUCAGAAUAGUCACCCUGCCAGCCAGAGAAAACAUGCUGCAGGCAAAGGUAGUAAGACUUGCUCUGUUUUCUACAGGACGUCGUGAUUACUUGGUGGGGUUCUCAUCUUUAUUCUGCAUUCUCUCCCUUCAGGCUCUUCCUAGGUAUACAUUGCUGCAAAAUAGGGGGUGUAGUUUGUAGGGGAAAUUACUGUAGGUUAAGAUGAAUAAAUGCUUGUGUAACAGUUUUGAAAAAAAUAGUUUUAAAAUCAUUUUUGAGGA